UAGUGAUGGGGGAGGUAGGGGUGUUUUUUCUCAUUAUGAUACAACUAAAGGCUUCGCUACACACUGUCACUACCAUGUGUGCGUUGUCACUACCGUGUGUGAAUCCAUUUAGUUUUUCUACCCUUUAGUAGCCUACUCUUGUUAUCAUCAUUUUGUAUCGCCUAAUCUAAGAAAACAUAAAAUACCCACUUUGAUGCAUCUAUUACUCUUUUAUUAGAUGUUUGUUAAGAGACUGAUACAUAAGAAGGCACGUAUUAAAACGUGUGAAUAUUGCCCUCUGUCAUUCUACCUCUGAAAUACACCCAGACCUUCAAGUUUUCUGAUGGCACCUAAGGGGCUGCAGGCAGCAUUGUUCAGGGAUCAAACGGAAUGAAAUGCUGUGUUGUGUCAUUCGUCCAAUUACUGACGUGCAGCAACCAUCAACUCUGUAUUUUCAGAGAAGACAGUGUUAUUGAACUUCUUGAUAGUUUUCCAUUCAACAUCAGAGGAUCGGUUAAGUCUGAUCCUGACUGGAGAUGUGUGAGUUAAAUAGUUAAUGAAGGAAGCACAUAUAGAUUUGUGUCGCCAAUUGGGUAAAAUGUGUUGGUUAAACUCUAAUUUGGGUAAAUUACACUAACACUACUUUUUAAUUAUAUGCAAUUAUAUUAAUUACAUCAUGAAUCUCUAAAGGUUUUGGUUUCUGGGUAAGUUCCUUUCGUUGCCAAAGGGGCCCACGCUGAUGUAUGACUAACAAACCGCUCUGUGACAUUUACAGACUUCCCUGUUAAAUGUUUUUCCCAGGAUACUUUUUUUUUCCAUUCAGGGAACAUUGCUGGGUUCAUGUUGCUAUAGCACGGUUGACCAGUGUGUGAGUUUCCACCAUGACCCACUUCUCUGAAUCAUCAGCAACUACACUGACACGUUCAGUCAUUUCUAGGACAUCAAUGCUCAGAGACAGGGACUCUGAUGGGUGGUGUUUUAAAGAGCAAGCGUUUGUCUGAGUGCCAGCCAGACGAUGUGGCCCGGACUGAGCGAAUGCAAUCCUGGGUAGGACAGCAUGCAUUAUGGGAAAGCAAGAGUGUGAUGGGAAACUUUGAAAUGUGCAGUGAUGAGUGUGAUCUCAACUGCUUUAAAUGUUCCAAAUACUUUAAUAACUGAUUGAGACUUUAAUGUUUUUCUGUACCAACAUUGGAUGGUGGUGUCAUGUUAUACACUCGUAUAAAUUGAAGAACAGCCUCAUCACACAUACAGUAGUGAAGCCUAACAACACAUUGUACUACUUUUGAUAUUAUUUAAAGUCUUCAUUCAUAACACAUUUGUAUUGUUGAUACCACAGACAGACACGAUUUUAUUUCAGAAGUCAAAUCGUUUUUGUUGAGUUUAAUUUUGUGUUUCUGCUUUGUUUUUCUACAUGUGACUAUCUUUCUGAGAAAAAGAAAAACAUGUCUGACCUAAAUUGACUCUAGCCUUUUAGGCCUUCUCAUGUCAGCUGACUUGAUCACACUGGGGUAUGUACUUUCAUUAUGGAACAAUUUAUAUUAACACAUGACCAAACCUCUAUGAACUCUUUGAAACCCUCACAAAUGUUGAAUAGAACCCAACAUAUUAUUUAUUCCAUUGUCCCUAAUUGCAAAGGACGUAUAUGCCUAUUGUUAUUAUCAAUUUGGUGUAGAAUUUGUUGGUUUUUGCAUAUUCACUCCUUCAGUUGAACAAAUAAAUACUUUUGAUACUAAUCUUUUAAAGCUCAUUUCACUCGACUGGGUAUGUGUGUCGAAUGCGGCUUACAGGUUGGACGCGUUCCAGGUACACAAUUCUGCGCAGGUCUAUAGUUCACGUCUCAGGAACCACAUGAGUAUUAUAAUGAUGUUGUAAUCAGCCCAACCCAAUGCAGAAAUUGUCUAGACCUAUCAGGAACGCACCCAGUGUUGUACUAAGCCAUUUAGGGGCGCUGUUGCCAUCGUUUUUCAUGGGCGAACUUAAACAACUCCGAUCAGGAAAGUUUUGAACAUUCUGCCCAGUUAAUCAAUUUCAUGACAGAGAUGCGGAUAGAACGUUUAUAAAUUGACGGAAACACUUAGAACACCUGGUGGCAUAAAAAUGAGUACAUCAAUACAGGAAAGUGGAGGCCGGGAAGCUCAACAGAUUGAGAAUGGCGAAGGGAAACCGCUGCUUGCUUCACAAAAGGUGGUUGGAGGAAAAGUCAAAAGUUCGAUGAUAUCAGCCUCUUUUAAUUUCAUCAAUUCGAUAAUAGGAUCUGGAAUAAUAGGUUUGCCAUACUCCUUAAACCAGGCUGGCCUUCCCCUUGGCCUUUUUCUCCUGGUUUUGGUAGCAUUUAUUACAGACUACUCUAUCAUCUUGUUGAUUAAAGGAGGGAAUCUUUCAGGGACAAAUAGUUACCAGUCACUUGUACGUAGCACUUUUGGUAUCACUGGAUUUCUGGUUCUGUCUUUAUUGCAGUUUCUAUACCCUUUCAUUGCUAUGAUCAGCUACAACAUCAUAACUGGUGACACAUUGACCAAAGUGUUUCAGAGACUACCUGGAGUUGGACCGGGCCACAUACUUACAGAGAGACAUUUUGUCAUCGUUGUAUCCACUAUUCUAUUCACAUUACCCCUGUCUCUUUUCCGGAAUAUAUCAAAGCUGGGAAAGGUGUCCUUACUGUCCAUGGUGUUGACAGUUUUCAUCCUCAUCACUGUCAUCAUCAGAGCAGCUACCCUGGGACCACAUAUUCCCCCUACAGAGAAUGCGUGGGUGUUUGCAAGGUGGAAUGCGAUUCAGGCCGUUGGUGUUAUGUCUUUUGCCUUUAUCUGCCAUCACAACAGCUUUAUGAUCUACGGCUCUCUGACGGAACAGAGCCUAAGUAACUGGUCUCGUGUCACCCACAUGUCUGUUGGCUCGGCUAUGAUUGUCAGUAUUCUGUUUGCUGCGACUGGCUAUGCUACCUUCACUGGGUACACGCAAGGUGAUAUCUUUGAAAACUACUGUGGGAACGAUGACCUGGCUACUUUUGGUCGCUUCUGUUUCGGCAUCAGUAUAAUAACAACUUUUCCUCUGGAGUGUUUUGUGACUCGAGAGGUAGUAUCCAAUGUUUUUUUCAAAGGGUCUCUCAACAACCAUGCCCAUGUGGCGGUCACCUUGCUCAUAGUUGCAGCGUGCACAGCAUUAUCCUUGGCCUACGACUGUCUGGGUAUUGUUCUGGUGUUAAAUGGUGUUGUAAGUGCCACACCUUUAAUUUUCAUCAUUCCAUCAGCUUGCUACCUCAAGCUUUCCACAGAGCGCUGGUUCCAAGGUGAAAACCGCAUCCCCUGUCUCAUCCUCAUAGCUGGUGUCUUUGUCAUGACAACUGGUUUGAUCAUGGCGGUUAUGUUCCCCCAAGACUGCUCCCAUGGUGCCGAGAUGUUUUACUGCGCAACUUCCAACCUCUCCAUAUCCCCGACACCACCCACUGAGCUACUCUUUCAGAAUUCAACUCAGAAUUCUAGAUGAAACGUUCUUGUUACACACUGGGGUUUUGUGAUAUGACUUUGUAUGCCCAUUGUAUCUAUUACCUCUGCAAUGAAUGUGUGUGUCAUAAUUUAUGCUAUUUGUGAAAGUGCCAUAAUGCAAUACAUUCAUCAAUUUGUAUAUCAGACUGGGACAAAGUUCCACUUUGAAUUUCGCGAGUAGUUACCUUCGAGAAACCUACCACACGAUGUCGCUGUAACAUAAUCAGACUAUAUAAAACUUUUAUAAAAAGGUUUCUCGAAGGUAACCUUUUGCCCUCUUGCCUUGAUGUCACGCCCUUCGAAGAUGAAUGUAGUUAUAGAAGUUUGUCCAACGGUAGUGCAUUUUCCACUGCUGGUUAGGGGGAAUAUGUUAUACAUUUACUAUUUGGGAAAUUUCAUGAUUAUAAUAUUUAGUCUAUUUCAAUAUUAUCAAUGUAAACCCGAAUUGUU